UAGGUGAGUGUGCUCUGCGAGGACAGCUCGUUCAGUAACCGUUGAGGCUGGAGAGGAGCUGGGUGGCAGCUACAACUCUCUAACAACUCUUUACAGCACCCAGAGCACUGAUUUCUCCUCGGACAUUCGGAGCAGUUUCCAUCUGAAGUGCCGUUCCUCUCCAGCUCAGACCCAUAAAGUCGUGCCUGAGGUCAUCUUCAAGUUCAGAGACUCCAACUGGAACUCAGAUUUGGCCACAGUUGGUGUCUGCAGCCCUCGAGUUUUCUGUCCAGCUCCAGCUGAGAUCAUUUGGUUUAUUUUUUUCCGUUGAGGACAGUCCAGCCUUUCAAGCUGGACGAAGGAGAGACGAGCAGGGCCGAGGGCCCGGCCUUCGUGCUCCGACACAGAAACUCUAACCUGGUAGAAAAUGGCACAAACCCCUCGCCUGCAAGUCCCAUGAGUCCACGGGAGAAAGGAGGCACAGCCACCACCUCAGGCUCUUCGACCGGUCACCUCAGCGCCGCAGAGUGCCCCUCACACUGUGGGUCUGACCCAGAGAGCCAUGAAAAGGACGGAGCAGGAAGAGAGGGAGAGGAGGAUCAGAACGAGGACGAGAGAAGCAACGACGAAGGCUUCAUGGGAAUGACUCCGUUGCUGCAGGCCCACCACGCCAUGGAAAGGAUGGAAGAGUUUGUGCACAAGAUGUGGGAGGGCCGGUGGCGUGUCAUCCCUCACGACGUGCUCCCGGAUUGGCUGAAAGACAACGACUUCCUGCUUCACGGCCACAGACCACCGAUGCCUUCAUUUCGCGCCUGCUUUAGGAGCAUCUUUAGAAUCCACACAGAGACGGGGAACAUUUGGACACAUCUGCUAGGCUGUUUGUUCUUCCUCUGCCUCGGCCUCAUGUACAUGUUCAGACCCAACAUGUCCUUUGUGGCCCCAGUCCAAGAGAAAGUAGUAAUUGGGAUGUUUUUCCUCGGAGCCAUCCUGUGUCUCUCCUUCUCCUGGCUCUUCCACACGGUCUACUGUCACUCAGAGGGCGUGUCCCGAAUCUUUUCCAAGUUGGACUACAGUGGAAUAGCCUUCCUGAUCAUGGGCUCCUUCGUCCCCUGGUUGUACUACUCUUUCUACUGCUCCCCCCAGCCCUGCUUCAUCUACCUGAUAGUUGUGUGUGUACUGGGUCUGGCUGCCAUCACAGUUUCCCAGUGUGACUUUUUUUCUACUCCACAGUACAGAGCAGUCAGAGCAGGAGUGUUUGUGGGUUUGGGUCUGAGCGGCGUGGUUCCCACCCUUCACUUUGUCAUCAGCGAGGGUCUGAUCAAAGCCACCACCAUCGGUCAGAUAGGCUGGCUGGUGCUCAUGGCAACCCUCUACAUCACUGGCGCCUGUUUGUACGCUGCUCGCAUCCCAGAGAGGUUCUUCCCUGGCAAAUGUGACAUCUGGUUCCACUCCCAUCAGCUGUUCCACAUCCUGGUGGUCGCCGGGGCUUUCGUCCACUUUCACGGCGUCUCCAACCUGCAGGAGUUUCGGUACACAGCAGGAGGCGGCUGCAGUGAAGAUGGCUCUCUUUAACACACGCAGACACACUGACUAACUUAUCCAGCGACGGUAUACAAGACGGCACUGACUCAAAUAAAAUGCACAGAACCCCACUUGCUCUUCAGUCAGAACCGUACACAGAUCUCACCUCUGCUACCGAAGACCACACCGGCUUGCCCUGCUGUGGGUAUGAUUACCUCCAGGGGGCGCUAUUAAUCUAAUAGACAAAAAGGGUCUGCUCCUAUUUUGUUAUGGAUGGAUCCACACCAACCACUUCUGGUUCUGUUUCUUUGGUUCAAACACCUCUUUCUGUGGCAGCCUGUUCUAUUAUGCAGGUUUGGGGACUUUUUUUUUUUUUUUUUUUGGUUUGGUUUGGGAGGGGACGGGAAGUUCAAAACUCCUCUCUGUGUUUGCAUUGGUUAUCUAAUUGGAUUGAUGAACCGGUUUCAACAUUUUGGGUGGUGUAUUUUUUUCUCCAUUGGUGAAUGCUGUUUCCCAGGUCACUUUCUAAUGAGGAAAAAAACUGAAAACAAUUGAGUGAGAAAUGCCUUCAGAGUUCCUUUUUUUGUUGUUUAGCUUUGUAAGUGAAGAUAAAUGCGGCGAAAGGUUCAUAGUCUCUUUUAAUUAAAAAAAAAAUGUAAAUAAGAUUUCUAAACAUUGUUAUAGAUUUGUAUGAAAUUUAUUUUAAAAAAAUACAAAAAACAUGUUAUAAAAUAUGAAUAAAUCAUUUAGAGGAAAAUUGAAGGGGAGUGGGGUUCAGCCGUACGGUGACGGUGGGGGAAAAAAGGUAUGCCGGUGGUGGGAUUUCUUUCUCGCAGCUAUAGUUUCUAAGUAGUGGAGAUUUGCAGUAAAACCGGCAAAAUAUUGGCUGAUAUGCAGUGGAUACUGGGUCACGUCUCAUAGACGAGAAGACCAUUGGAUUUCAGUUUGAGCCUCGAGUACUGAUCCAAAAUCUUGAAUCAGAAAUAGAAGCAUAACAACAAAAGACAUCCUAAUAUUUAAAUGUAGCGGCUUUAAUUUGUUCUUAUGUUGUUAAAUCGUCUAUAUAAAAGUAAAGCGUAUUUCUGCUCCACCCAUAUACAUUUAUUUUUUUCUAUCCCCCCAAAUGAUUUAUUAAAACAGCCUACCCAAAAUAUUUUUAUAAACAAUGCCUAUCAUAUCUCUUUUAUUUUUAAUAAUUGUGAUCAAAGUGCAGUCCUCUUAAAUACAAAUGCAUUUUAUUUUAUUCCUCAGCUUGUCUUGCUCUCAACAAAUAUGAUGAGGAUAAGUUUCUUUUGAGAUUUUUUUUUUCAUUUAGAUUUUUUUUUUGUGUUUUAUGUAUCCACAAUGCUAUUAUGGCUACAAUAGAGGCUUUAAUUUCACUUUAAUUCUUUAUGAAAUCCUAUUAAGGUAAAGUCACUUAAAAAAACAAUUAUGUUCAAGCGGACAUUAUCCUUUGAAAAGUUUCUGCUUCUUUAAGGGCUUAUGGUUAGUCUCAGGUGCUGAGACUAGACUUUGUGAUCGAUAAAAGGGGAACUUUUUGAAUUCAAGUUUUCAGGUAAUACCAAAUUCUUACAUCUUCAUAAUAAGACUAUCUAUUCUGGUCUUUUUCUCUGAAGUAUGUCUCUGCAGUUGUUUGAAAUUUAGGUUGGCGAGUUCUUAAUCAGCAAGUUGAAUGAUCUGCUUUCUCUUCUUUGCUUUAUAUAUUUUGUGACAGAAGAAAAAGAUCUCGCUUUGUUCCACUGGUUUCCUUCUCUCGUUUUCUAUUUGUUUUAUCUAUCUUAUAUUAAUUUAUUUCUCUUGCAGAGAGCAUAUUGUCUGUUGAAGCACAUAUUCCAUUCUGAUGGGAGUGUUUGAUUUGCAAUAGACCUUUAUAUCUGCUUUAUUGUUCUAAUAAAAAGGUUUUUUGAACUCC